CGACCAAAAAGCCACGACACUCAACCACCCAACCCCGACUGGAUAACCUGCGACUCGUACCUAAUUGUGAUCAUAGAGAGGAGUCUGGAGUUGCAUUCUCUUGCACUUGCGAGUCUUGCUUCACUUCUUCUGCCUGCCUGCCUGCCUGCCUGCCUGCACUUGCUUGCUCUGUUUGUUUUCUGUUUUCUUCACGACCUUAUGACCCCUCUACGACCCCUUUGAUACCCCUAUCCUCGAUUCCGCCCUCCGAAGUUUUUUGAAGCGCAAUAAUCAUUCGAUUGUACAUAUUGAUUUGGUACACAACGCUGCGGAAGCGAGCUGGUUGGUCUAGCACCACCAUCACCACAACGAUACCUCGACAAUGGAUGGCCCACCACCGCCUCCGCCUCCGCAUGGAGAGAAUCCUAAAUCCUCGGGAUUGCCUCCUGGGAAAUACGAUAUCUUUAUCAUUCCGCCGCAUUCGUCGGGCUCGGGAUUUCUGUACCUGCCUUCGCUCAAACCGAAUGUAAACAGCUUCGCUGCAGGCUUUGCUUCCGCAUUACUGUUGGUUCUGGUGAGCCACGCCUUGGCUCCCGCAAUAAUGGCCUGGUGGAAUAGCAUAAAAGGAGCUGGUGGAGCGGGUAUGAUGAUGUUUGUGGUCGCUAUCGGUGUGGGAGCUUGGUCUGUGGGUCGAAUGUCAACAGAUGGAGGACCAGGACCUGGUGGAGGUGCAAAUCCAGGUUCACAUGGUUGGCAAAGCCCUCCAAGCAGUGGUCCAAGUCCGAAUGGACAUGCGGGUCCACCACCUAACUAUGGAGCUGGUUUUACACCUGGUGCGGGACCUAUGCCUGGGGCUGGGGCGCCUCCUCCGGGUGCUGGUGCGGGCGCAGGACAGCGAUCACAAUGGCACCAACGUUCACCACCUGGCUCAACAAACGCUAGCGGUGGAAAUCCCGGACCAGAUCCAAGUACGCCUGGCGGGGGUACUUCAAGACAGUCAACUUGGGAGAAGGCCAGAGAAGAGACGAAACGAAAGGAAGAGGAACGAAGAGCCAGAGAAGCUGAUGCCAAACGAAAGGCAGAGAUUGAGCGGAAGCUUCGAGAAGCGAGAGAAAAGGAUGCUCGAGAACGAGAAGCCCGGGAAAAGAAGAGGCGUGACGAUGAAGCUGCAGCUGCGGCGGCCAAACGUGCAGAGGAGCUUAGACAGGAGGAAAUUAAGCGAAAAGAGGAAGAAGUUAAGCGUCAAGAAGAAGAAUCUCGAGAGAAACGCCGCCAGGAAGAGGAGGCUCUUGAAAAGAAGCGAAAAGACAUCGAAGCCAUGGAACAAAGACUCAAAGAAGCUCGAGAGAAGGAAACCAGGGAACGAAUCGUCCGCGAGAGUAAAUUGAAGUACGAAGCCGCUAAGGAGAAGACUCGAAGGGAAUUGGAAGAGAAGAGAAAGAAGGAUGAAGCUCUUCGAGAGCAAAUGCGUAAGGAUACCGAAGCUCGGGCUGCAAAGCGAGCAGAGGAAGAAUCCAAGCCUCGGGGAAGCACCGAAGAUGAGACUUACUCAUACCGACCCUACGAUAAACCCAAGAAACCGGUGCAUAAGAAGUCUCUUUCUUCUCUGUACUCGGAAUCUUCGUAUGCUGCCUCGCAGUCUACGUCUCGAACCACCCCUCCUCCCUCACGCCGUGAACCGUAUACGAAUAAAGACCCCUCGAAGAUCGUAAUCAAAGCCGUGUACGCCUACAUGCCGCGAGCCUAUAAAACCCCCUGUUCCCAACUCAUCUCUGGCGUGGGCAACAUCACCGACGGCCUGAUCCUCAGGUGCGAAACAGAAGGCCUCUUCAUCGACGACGACGUCCGUGGAGUCGGCCAGCGAGAAUGGGACGCCAAAGCGUGGGGUCUGAAAUUAAUAGAGGUAUGGUGUCCAUCGUUCCGGCACAGUUCUGCUUCAACCACCACCCCUUCUUCCAGCGCUGCGUCCUCCCCCUUUGCAUCGUCGAAUUUUUCAAGCACUAAACAGAAACAAAACGCAAUUCGUCGUCUCUGGGGCCUCGAUAAGGAAAAACCUGCCAGUGCGGAAGAAACCGACGUCCUUGUCGCCGAAAUGCUCCAUCUUUGCAGUACCAAUUGUCGUUUUCGUCCCCUUCACCAGCAAGAAAACCAUAAAGCUAACAGAAAGGUUGAUUUCCAACAGACGGGCGAGAUGAAGAGCAAGAAGUUACAUAUCUUGAGAGUCACGGUGAGAGACCCGGAUGGCAAGCGGUUCGUGUUUAUCAUUAAUGAGAGCGAGGCGUGGAAGAUCGCGGUGGGGAUCCAGAAGUUGAGGAAGAGUAGUUUGAUUCGGAGUAUGGGGGUGAGUGGCAUGAGUACGGGGGAUUCGAGGA